AAGGCAUAUUCUUAUUACUUUUAAGAAAGAGGGCCUUGAGGCCAAUUUAGUUAGCACACCACCAUGAUCACCAAUCUACUUAAACAUCAACUUACAGCCCAAACAUGGGGUUCGUAACCUCCUUGUUUAUCCAGGAGUGAGGUUUGUAAGCUCCUUAUUACCCGAACGCAGGAGAAGAAAAGAUGAUCUCGAGACUCAGCUGCAGAACUACAAAGAGAGCAAAGAUUGUGAACAGAAGGGUUUCACCUAUGAACUUUAUCCAAUGUGAUGAUCCAUUGUGAAGGAUUAGCCACAUUAUCAGUUGGUCACGAUGAGGACAUCCUGAUUUGCAUACCAAAUUGUACCAGGGAACUUGAGCUUGUUUUGGCCUUAUGGCUUCCAAACUGUCUUUACAGAAUAAUUUUCCAAUCUCACCACAUCACAAAAAUCCCCACUAGAUCUAACACGAAGAUGUCCUGCUGCUAUAGCUCUAGUAUUAAGAACUUUCCUCCAGGCCCACGAGCAAGAAAUAGAAGAGAAAAUAUACUAAAUGGUAGUGUACUGGAGAUGGUAGCUUCUAGACCUGACAAAUUACGACCCGACCUAAACCCGUCCGAAAAAAUAUAAGUUUUUAUAACCCAAAACCCAAAUGACCGGAACCCGAAUAACCCGUGAUUUUUUGUGUUCGGGUUGGGUGGGUUAGCGGGUCGACCCGUUAGACCCGUUCCAUUUCAUAUGUCACUCUCAAAAUGAUAAAAUCACUCAUAAAUUGGCGAGAUAUUUAAAAAAUUCACAAUGAUUUGAAAGACAUGUUUGGAGUUUAAGGAUAAUAAAAUAUCAUGUGUUUCUUAUAGUAGUAUUACUCUUGUGAGUGAUUUUUGAUGAUUUGUGCAAUUUGUAUUUCAUUCCAUUGACAUGGGUAGGAUGUGAGAAUAUGUUAACUAACAUCUGUUUGGUAAACUAUUUUCAUGCAUAUGGGGAGGUUUGUAUUCUUAAAAAAAUAUGAAGCAUGUUUGAUAUUGUUUCUGAGAGCGCUCGUAACACAAUAUGAAGGUUUGCUCAUUAAUUAUUUUAUUGAUAUCUUAAAGGACAUGGCAUGCUGACUCGACGGAAAUAAAGUAUUUUUGGAUGGUAUUGGAUGGAAUGAUCGAUUUGGGAUUUGGUAUUCAUCCGAAAGACAACAAUAUUUUCUAGAGACAAUCUGAACAUUGAAAGUGAAACUGCUCUCGGCUCUUGCCUUCCUCGUCCUCUCCAACAACAGCGUCCAGAAAGCAGCACCCGCUUGGAAACAAUGGAAACCAAUGACCGCGCGACAUCUUCUAAUCCGCUUCAGGAGUUGGAUUGGAUUCCCAAACUCGUCCAUCGUCGCUGUUCCCACUCCAGAACGUCACUCAAAAAGAAACAAAAACUUUAUAAUCCCGUUUUCUGUUUCACGUACUCUGGCAAACACAAAUCAAAUGAGACGAAUUUCUAUCCGGCAUUGUUCGCACCAAUACCAUCCAAAAUCAAGAACAUGUACCAACUAACUAUAUCAUCGCCCCCCCCUCCAACCCUCUACUUCCCAUUCCAAGUCCUUUCAGUUCUUAACGAUUUCCCCUGCUUUUCUUCCCAAAGAAGAAGAACAGGGGAAAAUAGGGAUAUAACAAUGGGCUCCUCUGGUUUCUCCCCUGUUUUAUCAUCAACCCUCAUUACCCUUCUCCUCGUAUGUUCCACCUCCUAUGGCGCUCCCACCCACCAUCCCAACAAGAGAAUUCACAUCCACCACCGCGUUUCCAGCCACAAUUACAAGGAAGCCCUGACCAAGUCGAUCCUCUUCUUUGAAGGACAGAGGUCCGGGAAGCUGCCCCGCACCCAGAGGAUGAAGUGGAGGGGAAACUCCGGCUUGUCCGACGGAUCGGCUGCCAACGUGAACCUCGUCGGAGGGUACUACGACGCAGGGGACAAUGUGAAGUUCGGUUUCCCGAUGGCUUUCACCACCACAAUGCUGUCUUGGAGCGUGAUCGAGUUCGGCGGGAUGAUGAAGGGGGAAUUGCCCCACGCCAAACAAGCCAUUCGUUGGGCGACAGAUUACUUGCUCAAAGCCACUGCAAAACCCGAUACCAUUUACGUCCAGGUCGGAGAUGCCAACCGCGACCAUGCGUGUUGGGAAAGACCGGAGGACAUGGACACGACUCGAACGGUCUACAAAAUCGACAGGAACACCCCUGGCUCCGAAGUCGCGGGCGAAACAGCAGCAGCUCUCGCGGCGGCGUCCAUGGUGUUCAGAAAGAGCAACCCUUCCUACUCCAAACUCCUGUUGAGCAGAGCAAUGAGAGUGUUCCAUUUCGCGGACACGUACCGUGGAUCCUACAGCAGCGGCGGGCUACGAAACGUGGUUUGCCCCUUCUACUGCUCCUUCUCAGGUUAUCAGGACGAACUGCUCUGGGCCGCAGGUUGGCUCCACAAGGCCACAAAACUUCCGUCCUACCUCAGCUAUGUCAAAUCCAACGCGCGCAACCUUGGAGCCGAUGAAUACGACAACAUCUUCGGUUGGGACAACAAACACGCGGGCGCCCGAAUUCUCCUCUCCCGCUCCUUCCUCCUCAGCAAAAUUUCCGACUUCGAGGACUUCAAGGACCACUCGGACAACUUCGUAUGCUCAAUUAUACCCGGCGUGCCUUCCUAUUCCUCUCAGUACACUCCUGGAGGUCUUCUGUUCAAAUUGAAAGAGUACAAUUUGCAAUAUGUGACCUCGACUUCAUUCUUGCUGCUAACUUAUGCCAAGUACUUGGCCCUUUCGGGCAAGUCGGUGGAGUGUGGUGGGAGCGUGAUUCGGGCUGGAAAGCUGAGGUCAAUUGCAAAGAGACAGGUGGAUUAUUUGCUUGGAGAGAAUCCUCUCAACAUGUCUUACAUGGUUGGAUAUGGGAAGAAGUACCCACAAAGGAUACACCAUAGAGGUUCGUCUUUGCCAUCGGUUCGGGUUCACCCGAGUCGGAUUCCGUGCUCCUCCGGAUUCCAGAUGAUGUAUUCUCAGUCGCCCAACCCGAACGUGUUGGUGGGUGCGGUUGUGGGCGGGCCGGAUCAGGGCGAUAGGUUCCCGGAUCAGAGGAACGAUUAUGACCAUUCCGAGCCAGCAACUUAUAUCAAUGCACCGUUGGUUGGGACAUUGGCUUACCUUGCCCACAUAUUUGGGCAAAUAUGAUUUUUGGUUGAUUAACAUCGGGUAUAUGCACCACUUUUUUGGGUUUAUACGUCAAGGAUCUAAUAUAUAGUUUUGGUACGUCAGGGUCGGAAUGCAUCGAGUAACAUUUUGAUGUGUGCUGCUCGCUUUUUCUAAUGUUUCACCUUGGUUGUCACUCAACGGAAAGACCAACAUUUACUACGGUUGAUAUUGUGAGAAUGUUUGAAGGUGGCAUUGAGAUUAAUAUCUAUAUACCGCGAACAUGAAUUUUGGUUAUGAGUAUGUUCCACAAAUAUAAUUUACUGUGAAUU